AUGAUUCAACUUCAUGUAGAUAUUCUUCAAAAUCUUCAACAAGCAAUAUUUGUUUUUAAUAUUCCAUGUUCAGCUGAUUGUAGUGUUCAAGCUGAUCAAUUUGUUAUUGAAGAUGAAGAACAACAUCAUCAAACUGUAAUUCACUUCAAUAAUCUAAUAAUAGAUGUUAACAAAGGUACUGAAGUUGCAUCACCAUCGACAAAUACAAAUGUAAUUAGAGAUGGACAAAUUCAUCGAACAUUCAAAUUUCCAUUUCUUCGUCUACCUAUCAUAACUGACAGUAAGCCAUACGAUUUGAAUAAUAUUACAUGUGCCAAGUGUCAAUCGCCUUUGAAGAUCAUUGCUGAAAAUCAAACUUUUAAAAUUGUUCAACAGCAAAAUGCUAAUGCUGAUGAUAUAAAUGAAGUCAUGUAUUGUCAUCGAUUUUGUGAAGCUCAUCAACAUGAACAUAAACAUCAUCAUCAAUAUCAGUUGCCUGUUCCUCUUGAUCUUCAUUCUGAAUUGAUUAUACUUGAAACUACCGAAUGUUUAACUAUUGCAAAAGAAUAUUCAUCUUCAGAUUUAAUUCAUGAUGAACUUGUUCAAUGCAAUCAUUGUUUUUCAUGUCUUGGAUCAUUUGACCCUCAAAAUAAUCUUGUCUCGUUCAACAAAUGUUCACUUUUACCUUUUGCAAACAAUUAUCUAUCAACAUGUUUUCAUCACUGUGAACCAGGUCGAUACAUCAUCAAAGUGCCAAAGUCUAAUGAUUCAAUAUUCCUUGUUUGGAUCUUACCUAAUCAAAUACUAUCUGCUAAUACAAUGAUUGAUUCAUCAAAAAAUUCUACUCAACUUGAUUUUUAUCGAAUGCGAAAAGUUCUCUUCACUCAUGUGACAUCCUCAGAUAAUCAAAUAUUUACUGAAUGGAAACGAGACUUUUCUGUAACAACUCUUCUUGUUAAUCGUCUUUGUCUUGAUCAUUUAGCAAUAGCAUUUAAACAAGCAAUAGAGAAAUUUCCUAAUGUAUUCAAUAGUAAUGAAUCAUUUCAAUCAGUAACUAUUUCUUGUUAA